AUGGCUCCCAACGGCAAUCCGAAGGCGAGGAUCGGUGCUGGUGUCGCUCAUGGAAAGCCCAGCGCCGCCAGGCGCGUGGUGCCUGCCAUUCCUCUUCCCUUGGAUCGCCGCGUCAAGGCCAAUGCUGCCGCGAAGCAGGCCGCUGCCGCCGCCGUUGCAUCCUUUUCCCGACCCGCCUUGACCAACGGCUCCUCCCUCAAGAUUCAGAACGACUUCGAUUCUACGCCUCCGACCCCCAACACCGCCGAGCCUGAGAUCGCUACUCGCGACGAUGAUAAAUCCACUGUCGACGAGACCACGUCCCCCCUCUUUUCCGCCGAUUCGGAAGGCGAUGAUUUGAAGGAUCGCGAGGCUACUGACUCCCAGGUCUCUUCCGCCGCCAUCCCCACGCCCUCCACGACGGACGAGUCCGAAUCGACCGACAAGGCCGCCGAUCGAGGCAUCCCUUCGUCUGCCGAUGAUUCCCUUCGAGGUUCCACCACCAACCGCGUCACCUCCCCGGCUGCCGCCUGGCAUGCUAAAGAGGAGAACGUCCCCCAGCUUCCGCCGACUUUCCGACCCCCUCCCGUUAUCCCUCCGACUCGAUACAACAUGCCCCCUGCUGCUCACAACGGCCCUCGUCCUUCUGCUGUCGUUAUCAACGGCACAUCUCACCGAGGCCCUCGUUCGGUUCACAACGGCCCUCCGCACAUGCAUGGCCCGCGCCCAAGCAACGGCAGUCUUCAGUUUGGUGGAUUUGGUUCCAACUCGUCUUCUCCGGCACCACCUCACUCGGGAGGCUUCAUACCCCCUCCUGGCAUGCCUCACCCCGACGCGCGUUCGUUCCCUGGCGUCGUGAACGGCUACCACCACCAGAUGCCCUACGGCACCGAGUUCGUGCCUGGUACUCCUGUGGAUGGAUUCGGUCGACCGCUUCCAGGCUACACUGGCAUGGAACAAUACGCCCCUCAAAUCAACGGCUACGGUCCUUCGACCCCCCACAGCUUCCAGGAAUCGCACUCUUCAGCCCACGCGGAGGAGCCUGGCACCUACAACCAUUACCCCGCGUCUGGUGCUCCCAACGGCCAAGUCGACGACGCUCGCCCUCAUCCGCCCCCUGCCGGAGCUUUUGGUGUGCUGCCUCAGCGGAUGAUGCCUGGCCCUAUACCACCCCCGCACAUGAUGCACCCUAGACCCGAGCAUCAGGGACUGGAUGAUAUGGCUGCCUACUUGCGAUCGCAAUUUAGAGACACUUCCUUUGCCGAUUGUACCCUCGAGCUGCGGUACCUCGAUGACCGUGCCCCCCCUGUCCGACUCCCCGGUCACCGCCUUGUUCUUGCCAGAAGCCAGGCAGUCCGGAACGUCCUUGAAUCUGACGGUUUCGAGUCGAGCCCGCCCGGUGCCAACCGUACUAUCCUGCUUCAGUCAGACGACAGGCACCUCCGUUCUGAUGCUUUCUGGAUGGCAGUGCAGCAUCUGUACGCCUUUCCGCUACUGGAUCUGCCCGAUCCGGCCUCCAACAGCGCCUUUACCCUGGCUGGCAGUGCUGACGAUCGAUUCGACUUUGCUCUUGGAUAUGCGGCGGCGGGCCACCUUCUUGGAUGGCAACCUAUCAUCAUUCGUGGUCUUGAGAUUGCCUCGCACUUUCUCAGCUGGUCCACCAUCGAGCGGGCCCUCGUGUUCGCCCUAGGCGAUGUGCCCAAUCGCGCUUCAGCCGACAGGCACACUCAGUUUGUUUAUGGCGAGCCCGUCCAGAUUCUGAUGAACGGGAUCAUUUCGUUUCUCAUCAACAACUUCCCGCCGGAUUUCACCCUGGUUACAACUGUCGUGGACCCCGAGCACUUCGCCCGCAUUCCGCAUGUAUCCGCAUCUCCGCCUGCUCGCGAGGCAACACCCACAAUUGCCCGUGGAACUGUCAACCAAGACCGCCGAUCGCGGCCCACGCACAUUCAAUUCGGUGAUUUGGCUGUGGGCUCAGACUCCCCGUCCGAGGGCUCAAAGUCGGCGCCUCAGACUUCUCAGCAGCAAUGCAUUCGAUCUACACUUUCGAAGAUUCUCAUCAACCUCCCCUUUGCUUACCUGAAGCCGACUCUUGAAUCGAGUGGCUACGGCAAUGUCAACGGAUGGGCCAGCAUCGAGGCGCGCCACCAUAUCAUGAGAGCCGUCGUUAACGAGCGUGAAGCCAGACGAUGCAGGGCCGUUGACGCAAUCCUGGCGGGAGUGGUGCCGGGUGCAGAGUCGAUCAUCAAGGGCCUACAGAGCGUCGAGCCUGGCCAGAGCGAGGAGUGGCAUGGCGUCGGCUGGCGCGAGGAAGUGGUGUCGUACGUCAACGGCGACGCGCCAUCUCUCGGCCGGCAAUGGGUGCCGCUGGUGGCGCAGGCGAAAGGCGCUGGCCACUUCGAGGACAUGGGGCGGCCGGCGUACCCUUGAAGGCGGCCAAAAACUGGUUGGGCAGGAGGAUUACGAUGUUACGACACGGGGAACUAAAAGAAAAAAAAGGGGGCAAAAGCUGGACGGCUCAGGGGCGGGCUGGAUUCACAUUUGCAUCAUGAGGUACAAAAGCAGCAAUUUGCAUUUUUCUUUCCUCUCAGGUCCGGGGCGAGGGAUUGAGCAUUGCGCAAGAUGUUCGCAGUAUCUAUCGUGGCAAACGGGCCAAGGAGAAUGCAAAACUUUGGGAGAAUGAGUCGGUGACGUGGCCAGGCGGUGUAGCUUGCUGGACCUGGUCGAUUCUGCGGAAUGGCUGGCGCAACGGGUAGGUAG